AUUUGUAAUGAAAAUACACAGACGAUUCAAAUUCCAAAAAUUUUGUGAGCAUACAUUUAGCUACAGUGUGAAAAAAGAGCUGAAUCCAAUUUUAUAUAAACUGAAAAGUUUUAUCAGCAAAAUUAUGUAAGUACGUUCAAGCGUAUGAAUUCUCGUCGUUAGUAUGCGGUAAUUUAUAUACCUGUUCCUCGAAGGUAAGAGUGUUCAUUUUGUGAAGAAAACUACGUGAGGCAUUAAGUUUUUGUAGAUUUCGACCUGAAUUUUGAAAUGUUAAAGUUCCCUUUUCCAUCGGAAAAAAAAUCGAUUUACAUUAGUGGAAAGUUUCUUUUCGUGAAACAGCUUUAGGUGUACCAUAUGAUAAUGUGAAGAAAAAGUGUACAUUUAGACCGCCUCUCGACCUUCCGAGGUUAGAGAGGCGGUCACGGGAGGAGGGGGGUCUCGGGAAAUUAAAAAAAUUUUAUUUCUUUUUUACAAAUAUUUGGAAUCAAAGCGUUCUUUUCAAUGUGUAUUUCAUUAUCUAUUUCACAGUAAGUCUUACAGUUUGCAUAACGCAUGUUCUAUUAAGAUUAACAUAUGUUAAUCUUAAAGAUGGGCAUAUCUUUUCAACAUAUCCGAAAUAUUGGAAUAAUUAAUGAAAUUUCGUAGAUUAUCUGAUAAUUAUCAUGAUAACGCUAGUAAGCAGAUAAAACGGACUAAACUGAGUUCUGUACUAUUUUGCAAUUUUUGCAACAGUUAUACUGAAGAUUGCCGAAUUCGUCCGGGCUACCGAAUGCAAGCACGUGGUAAGAUAUAUUGCCUACUGAUCGUUGUUGCUAAGCGCACGGGAGGUGGGCUUUGUACUAGAGAUCUUCAAAUAAGAGAUCUAAUGUCGUUAGGCAACUUCUUAUUCAUGCGCCACUGUUUAGGACACUUAUGAUAACGGAUACGUGUUUAUUUGACGAUUUUUAUUUCUUAAUUUAAUGUUAAUUGCAAAAAUUGCGAAAUAAUGCACUUUUUGACUCCGUUCUACCUACACACGACUGUGUCACGAGAAUUAGGGAUGGACGGAUACCCGCACAACACACACAUAGUCCGUUCAGCAAGAGCGUGACCGGCAUAAUUUGUUUAGAAAAGCAUUAAACGUGGAAAAUUUUGGCAACAGACUAAAUAGCCAAAAGACUUUCUACUACAUGUUUUAAAUAAAAGAUCACAUUUAUUGUCCGACACCUUUUUGAGAAAAGUAUAUUUACGAAGAGUGCUGGAUAUCCAAAACCAUUCAAAACAAUGCAUCUCCGAAAGGAUUAAAAACGAAUGCUUUGGAAAACAUAUGUACAUAUCAAGCUAAGAUUUCCUGAAACGGAAGUUGAGACAGUCGGUUCAACAGAUUUGUUAUUUGUAAAAACGUCAUAGUAUUAAUUCAAUAGUACAUAUAUACGUAGAUCUAUUAAUUUUUGUAUUAUAAUGGUUUUGAAGUUAGAGACCGGUCAUGGUCUUAUUAAAGAGAGACCGUAAUUAUAGAAACAACAACGGCCACGACAGAAUUUCGGGUUAAAAGCGCGGUAGCCAAUGAACUCGAUGUCGAGAGUCGGCGCCCUUUCGCACGGGAAAAAAGGAGCUGUGCGAGAGUGAUCGGGGGAGAAUGAGGGCGAGCGAUCAGACGAGCGAUCGAAUUCAACGUAUUACACGUGUGUGGACGACGUGCACAUACAUAUGUGCACUUGCGCAUGGAAUUUAACGAUGCAUAUACGCGAGCGCGGGCCCCCCCACAGCGGCCGGUCGCCCUCGCAUAAGAAAUUGCCGCGUUCCCCACCGACGACGGCGAGCCCUUAGGAGUUAGGGCCGAAGGGCCUUUCACCGAUUGGCCGCUAUCUGUCCCCACUUUCGCCCCGCGCCCCACUAUACAGCAUAUAAAACACGUGUGCCGUGCACUGUGGCGUACAGUUCGAAUACUGUCCCGCGUUCGAGUGGUCUGGGACACUUCUUGUCGGUCGGAUGUUGAUUUUCGUUUUGUGAAAAAAAAAAAGAAAUACAGUCGGGCAUGGAUUAUUCUGAAAAUACCGGUUUUCUGGAUAUGUCUGGCAGGAACUUUACGAUUUUGAAAAAAAUAAACUACGUAAGUGAUACAUGGGCAAGGGACAAGAAGAUUCUUCAAGACAUGGAACAUAAUUAUGCGGACUACGUAAAGACAUUGAGCACCCGUGGAUGGCAAAGUUCCACUCAUGGAAAAAAUGACUGUGACAAAGAGAACAGCGUCACCUCCAGCAAUUUACAAUACAGCUGUACCCCACAAAGACAGCGCUGCAAGAAAGUACGACAACCUUUGGAGGAUUUUGAAGAGAACAGUCAGGACAGCGGCCAUCCGGCGAGUCCCAUCAGCGAGAAGCAGAAGCGACGCGAAUUCUACAGAAAUUCUGCCGAAUGCAAGAUGAAACGUCCAACGUGUUCAUAUACAUAUUCUCCACCGCAUUUCCGCGGUCUAAAGGCUACAAGCUCAACUCUGUUGCGUAGCUUGUCAUCUGGAUACGAGAGCAUGGAUGAUGGGAUCGUAAGCGAGCUUAACGACAUGGAGACCAUGGACGAGGAGGAAAUGCAGCUACCGAGUGGCAUUUCGAAGCUACUGUCUGGCGACAUAGUAACGUCCGAAGGAUCGACGGACUACGACGUCUCGACGACCCCCGAUUUCUCGCGGAAUUUAUCGUCCAAAGUUAAAAAGUGGUUGUCCGUACAGAGCGGCAUAUACAAGCGGAAUAUUCAUACGAUGUCGCCACCACUGGCGAGGUCACCGUCGCUAAUGAAAUCGCCUCCAGUGACGAAACGGUCGCCGUCAACAACGAGAACGCCGUCAUCGACGAUGUGCCAGUGGAUAAAGGAAUCACCUGGACCGUUAGAGAAGAUGCCGUUGUCAAAGAUCCGCACUUGUUUGUUUCGCUCACCGACGGCCUGCCCAAAGAGAACGAUAACGAGAACAUAUAGCUACGAUGAGGCCUCGGCGCCCUAUUACAGACUACAAAUGGAGAUCUCACCGCAAUCCGUCAGAUCUUCCAAACGGCCGUCGGAGGAUUUACUGGAGGACGAGGCGUCUAAAAGAUCACGCAAGUCCCCAGGCUUGCACCUGAACACAACACCCGUUUUGGCGAGACGCUCGAGUCCGCAAAUUGCCCUGCAGAGAAGUCUAUCCGAGACAGCCGAGACACACACGAACAUCAAGUGGGCGAUUCACCGCAGCAUUACGGACACCGAUCUCAUUGGCGACUUUAGUAAACCGUGCAUCCUGCCGUUGACCAGCGGCAUUCAUCCGGAUCUGAAGACCAUCACGUCCGACACCCUGGCGGCGCUCUUACGCGGCGAAUUUGCCGACCGUGUUGACUCCUACUCGAUCGUUGACUGCCGAUAUCCAUACGAGUAUGAGGCGGGUCACAUCGAUGGAGCGAUGAACAUCUAUAACAUGGAUCUCAUCCAGAAAGUCAUGCUCAAUCAUCUGGGCAAUACUACCCCCAAGAUCCAGCUCGAUACUGACAAACGUAACAUCCUCGUUUUUCAUUGCGAGUUCUCGUGGGAGCGCGCACCAAAUAUCUCAAGGAAUCUGCGUAGAUUGGACCGCGAGUGUAACAAGGAGCACUACCCGGCGUUAUACUAUCCGGAGACUUAUCUUCUGCUUGGAGGUUACGAAAAGUUUUACAGCGAGCAGAAGGAAUUCUGCUCACCGCAAGAUUAUAAGCCGAUGAAGCAUCCUAAUCACGAGGCGGAAUGUCGAUUCUUUCGCAGCAAGUGCAAGAGCUGGCAGGCGGAAAAGACCAAAGGGAUUGGCCAGACAGUACGAACAAACCUUGAGCGUUUUGCCUUUUAAACGGACACUUGUCUCUCUUUAUUUGAAUUUAAUCUAAUUUAAGGCUCAAUUCAUUCCCGACAUACUAGUCGUGAAUCGUUAGACGUUGAACGUCCUCAGAGACAGUCGGGAUGUAAAAUAUGCGCGCGCCAUGCGUGUUGUUAAAGUGCAAGCGGCGUAAAAGAGACUACUCAUUCAUUAUUAUUUUUUGUAUUUUUAGUUACUCUUUGCGCUACACAAUGUGACUGACUCGAGGAAUUUUCUACGAUGUCUUACAUAAGAUGUAGAUGUCUAAAAAAAUAGAUGUAAAUGUCAUUCGACCAUGUAUAGAUUCUAAUCGAUCUCAAUCUUAGGCAUUGAAAUUAAUAGUUUAGUUAACGGACACCAAGAUCGAUUAGGAUUUAUAGAUUUUUUAUUUUCGAUAAUGACGAUUUAGGCUAUGAUGAUAUCGUUGCGAUUUUUCAUACACAUCCCGAAGUCAAAAUUUGUACAUAAAAAUUAUAUUAUAUCGGGCAGGAUCAUUUGUCAUACGUCACUUUAUAAUUAAGAAUAUUCUAUAAUCAAACAAUGCAAUACAUCUGUGUGCCGAUCCGAAGUAUAGCAGGGCAUAAGACCAUUAACGUUGCAAAUUUCUUUUUUAAUGUUUAUUUUAUAACACUUCGGACGGCAUCUCAUUGUGUAUAUAGGACGAUACGAACUUCAACGACUUAAUCACGUCGAUCUCUGUCUCUUUCUGUUAAUAUUAAUUUGCCAAGAUUUUUUAAAUACUUACGGUCUAUUCUGAAAAUUACAUAAAGUGUUACUAAUUGGUUGUUGCAAUUUGAUGAAAAAUGUAUUAUUAAUAUAAACACGAGAGGCUAAUCCUUGAGUAUUCGCGUCGGACAAAUAUGACUUGACGUUUUUUUCGAUUAUAUUUUUUUCAAAAAAAAAAAAAAAAAAAAAAA